AGAGAAAAGAGACUUCCUACUCAAUCAAAAUCCAACAUAAUUAAACAACGAAUGAGCAUAUAUGCAACUCACUUGCCAACAUAUUAAAAAUUUGACACAAGUAAUAAAAAAGUUACGGAUCAGAGAGGGAAUAACCCAAAUUGCAAAUAGUAAAAACAUCAUGGGACCUAACCGCACAUUGUAAAAUAUGGGGACUAAAAGUGCAAUUAAAACUAAAUAGACACUCCCGCAUGAUUGGAAAAAUUCCAAGAACAAAGGAAGCGGUGAAACCGACAAAAAGGUCGUUAUAGGCUUUCAUUGAGCAAUCCAACGGUUAGCAAAAAUUAAGAUUAGAAAAACAGGGUUUAAGGAUUAAAAAAGAAAAAGAAAAAAAAGGAAGAGGUGUGAGAAAGUUUCCACCGCCACAAACCGCGAAACCGAAAAUCUCGACGUUGCUUACUCCUGCUUCUGCUUCUGCUUCUCGCUGCCAUAACUCCUCCUUCCAAACAGGAGCAAAUCUCUCUCUCUCUCUCUCUCACUUUCUCUCUCUUCUCCUUCGCCGCCACCAUGCCUUCUCUCACUCUCUCUGAUUCUGAGUCCACUCCACAACAACACAAAAAGGACAACACUUAGAACAAGAAGUGUAACAACAUUCAAUCCUCAGCAGAACCCGAAGGUUUCAUCAUCACUGGCAAGAAGAGUAAGAAGGAGAAGAAAAGCUCAGAUGGGGUUUUGUGUAAGAAGGAGAAGAGUACGAAGCGCAAGGCUUCUUCACAUUUAGAGGUGAUGAUGACGAAAGCUGAUGGGGAAGACGAGAAUGGUUUUGAGCUGGUUGAGCCUCGAGGUUCAAGGGAGGAGAAGAAGAAGAAGAAGAAGAAAAAGGUGAAAAUGGAAGAGUCUUUGUUGAUGGAAGAGGAAGUGAUUGUGAAGAAGGAGGAUCCUAAUGCGGUUUCUAAAUUCAGGAUAUCCGGGCCGUUGAGGGAAAUGUUGAAGGAGAAGGGGAUUGUGUCGUUGUUUCCCAUUCAGGCUAUGACUUUUGACACCGUUCUUGAUGGUUCUGAUUUGGUUGGUCGGGCUCGCACUGGUCAGGGUAAAACUCUGGCCUUUGUGUUGCCCAUAUUGGAGUCUUUAACAAAUGGUCCAACUAAAGCAUCGAGAAAGACUGGCUAUGGGAGGCCUCCGAGCGUUAUUGUGCUUUUACCUACCAGGGAAUUGGCUUGUCAGGUGCAUGCUGACUUUGAAGUUUAUGGUGGGGCAAUGGGAUUGACUUCUUGUUGUUUAUAUGGUGGGGCUCCAUAUCAAGGUCAAGAAAUGAAGCUCAAGAGAGGUGUUGAUGUUGUGAUUGGCACACCAGGCCGCAUAAAGGAUCAUAUAGAGAGGGGGAAUAUUGACCUGAGCCAGCUAAAAUUCCGCGUUCUUGAUGAAGCAGAUGAGAUGUUGAGGAUGGGUUUUGUUGAAGAUGUUGAGCUGAUUCUAGGUAAGGUAAAAAAUGUUGGUCAAGUUCAGACACUUCUUUUUAGUGCUACUUUGCCAGACUGGGUUAAGCAGAUUGCUGCAAAAUUUUUGAAGCGAGAUAAGAAAACUGCUGACCUUGUAGGAAAUACAAAAAUGAAGGCUAGCACAAGUGUUAGGCAUAUUGUUCUUCCUUGUACUAGUUCUGCCAGGUCCCAGCUUAUCCCAGACAUUAUUCGCUGUUAUAGCAGUGGAGGCCGGACAAUUAUAUUUACUGAGACAAAGGAGUCUGCUUCUCAGCUUUCCCAGUUGUUGCCUGGAGCAAGAGCUCUCCAUGGUGACAUACAGCAGGCACAACGUGAGGUUACAUUGUCUGGCUUCAGGUCUGGGAAAUUCAUGACAUUAGUUGCCACAAAUGUGGCUGCUCGAGGUCUGGAUAUUAAUGAUGUUCAGUUAAUAAUCCAGUGUGAACCUCCUCGGGAUGUAGAAGCCUAUAUCCAUCGUUCUGGUCGCACAGGAAGAGCAGGUAAUACUGGAGUUGCUGUUAUGCUUUAUGAUCCAAGAAGGUCAAGUAUUUCUAAAAUAGAAAGAGAAUCGGGUGUAAAAUUUGAACAUGUGUCUGCUCCUCAACCUGAUGACAUUGCGAAAGCUGUUGGUGGGGAAGCUGCUGAAAUGAUUACCCAAGUUUCGGAUAGUGUGAUUCCUGCAUUCAAGUCUGCUGCUAAGGAGCUUUUGGACAACUCUGAUUUAUCAAUAGUUGAACUACUUGCUAAGGCUCUUGCCAAGGCUGUUGGUUAUACGGAGAUAAAGAAAAGAUCACUUCUCACUUCCAUGGAAAACUAUGUUACAUUACUUCUUGAGAGUGGGAGACCUAUCUUCACCCCAUCUUUUGCGUACGGAAUCUUGAGGAGAUUCUUGCCUGAAGAGAAGGUUGAGGCUGUGCAAGGUCUUACUCUCACUGCAGAUGGAAAUGGUGUUGUUUUUGAUGUACCAGCUGAAGAUUUAAAGACAUAUAUUGAUGGUCAGGAAAAUGCAGCGAAUGUAAGUUUAGAGGUUUUAAAAGCAUUGCCGCGUUUACAACAGAAAGAUCAAUCAAGAGGGGGCAGAUUUGGAGAUGGUGGUGGUCGUGGUGGUGAUAGAAGUUGGGGGAACAGGUUUUCAGGUGGAAGAGGUGGUGGUGGCGGCAGGAAUGACAGAUUUUCCAAUGGUGGUGGGAGAGGUCAUAGCAACUCAAAUGGAAAGAGAUGGUGAAGCUGACUGAGAGUUGAGCAUUCAUUUUUGUUCAUAAUGGGAGCUUAACUGCAUGAGAGUUCACAGGUUAUGUGGAGUAUUCAAGUUCAGAUAGGCUCAAUGUGUCCCCAAUCCAUUAACAUCCAAAUUUUUUAGGUAUAGUAUAGUGCUAUUUUUUUGUUUAUUUUGUUAUUGAUUAGGCUUUUUUUCCUCCCACUUGACUGGAUGUAAGGCUAGAUUUUUAUAUUUAUAAGAAUCGCCAAGAAAUUGAUAGCUU